UUUCACUUAUCAAUUAAGAGUGAGAUUACUAAGCAAAAAUGGCUUCUUCAUCCUUCAAGUCCUUGGCUCCUAUUGCGCUAGUGUUCUUUAUCUUGUUAGGGACCUCCUCAGCCCAACUCACUCCCAAUUUCUACUCAUCUUCAUGCCCUAAACUAUUCCCGACGAUCAAAUCAGUGGUCCAGUCCGCUAUAUCAAGUGAGAAGAGGAUGGGGGCUUCUCUUCUUCGCCUCUUCUUCCAUGACUGCUUUGUUAAUGGUUGUGAUGGCUCGUUGCUCUUAGAUGAUACCUCUAGCUUCACCGGAGAGAAGAAUGCAAACCCUAACAAGGGUUCAGUUAGAGGGUUCGAUGUGAUCGACAAGAUCAAGACUGCAGUGGAGCAAGCAUGUCCUGGCGUAGUCUCGUGUGCUGAUAUAUUGGCCGUGACUGCAAGAGACUCAGUUGUCUUACUUGGAGGGCCUACAUGGAAUGUGAAAUUGGGGAGAAGGGAUUCAAGGACGGCAAGUCAAAGUGGAGCUAAUAAUAACAUUCCUCCUCCAACUUCUAGUCUUAGUAACCUCAUCUCUAAGUUUUCUGCUCAAGGUCUCUCAGCUAAAGAAAUGGUUGCCCUUGUCGGUGCACACACCAUAGGCCAAGCCAGAUGCACAAACUUCCGCGCCCACGUCUACAACGACACCGACAUCGACGCCACCUUCGCCAAAACCCGCCAAUCCAACUGCCCGUCCACCUCCGGCUCCGGGGACAACAACCUCGCCCCCCUGGACCUCCAGACUCCCGUCGCCUUCGACAACAACUACUUCAAGAACCUCGUCAGCAAAAAAGGCCUCCUCCAUUCGGACCAACAAGUUUUCAGCGGAGGCUCGACCAACUCCCAAGUUUCAACUUACAGUACGAGUCCGAGCACUUGGAGCUCGGAUUUCGUUGCGGCGAUGAUUAAGAUGGGAGAUAUUAGCCCUCUUACGGGGAAAAGCGGAGAGAUUAGGAAGAAUUGCAGGAAGACUAAUUAAAUGGCUUAGCUUAAUUGUCAAAAUAAGUGAUUCCUGAUCAAAUUAUGUGAUUGGUUUUUAUUUAGAUGGUUGUGACGCUGUUCUUGUCUACCAUAAGGGUGGGGAUUCUCGAAUUAAUGUUGUAGCGGUUUGUGUUUGGAUUAUGUAUACUAGCUUGUGUUUCUGAGUUGAGAACUAAUGAAGAGUGAUUUGGUGUUGUUUAAAA